CUGCACUGGAGAGUAAACCAGUUUGGUUUACCUUCAGCUUUAUAUGAUGCUGUCUCCACAGCUGCACAAAAUCUUAGCAGUAGCUUUUUUCCUACUCUCAUUCUGUGCUCAAGGUAAACUUGCAGGAUUUCUUCCAAAGUUCCCUUUUUUUGGAGCUAAGAGCAAUGAACGACAAAUACCAGAUCUCACACCAGUGGCUGGUAAUGAAAAUGGGGACACUGUCCGUCAAUUGGAAUAUCGGAUUUCCAGACUGGAAGGAGUCCUUCGCUUGAACAAGAUAAUAACAGAGUCUGGAGGAAAAAUAUUUGCUACCAAUGGGAAAAGAGCUGAUUUUGAUGCUACAGUGGAAAAAUGUAAAGAGGCUGGAGGCUCUAUUGCCACUCCAAGGAACCCUGGCGAGAAUGAUGCCAUUCUGUACUUCGUGAAAUAUUUUAACACCUACGCCUACCUGGGGAUAAAACAAUCUCUUAUUCCAGGCAAAUUCCAGCCCCUGAAUGGUGGUCAGCUGAGCUAUACUAACUGGUAUUCAAAUGAACCUUCUGGCCGAGGGGAGGAGGAAUGUGUGGAGAUGUACACUGAUGGCACUUGGAACGACAAAAAGUGUAACAAGAAUCACCUUAUUGUCUGCCAGUUCUAGUGCUUCCCUUGCUGCUCUCUGGAAUACGCUUCCCUAUCACUUGCGUCUUCAUUUGUAGCUAGUGAAUUUAGAUAACGUAGCAUGAAAAAAUAAAAUUCACUCUUUCCAGUCUGAUCUAUCUGUUAAACAAAUGCCAGCCAUAAAGAGGAAACUGUAUAAUUAAA